AUGGUCCCUGUGCUCAUCCACGACUGCAAAACAAGCAGAUCGAGUCCUCUUCCCUGGUCAACACUGAUGAGUUUGAAAUGGGUGAGUUCUAAUGAAUGUCGAGACUGCCACACCAAACCACAAAGUUCUCUCUUUGCAGUUUGUCGCCAGUCUGCUGAUCAUCGACCGAUUGUUCGUGUUCCUCUUAGCCGUUUGGGAGUCACUUUUUAAACACAAAGAUGUCACCGCUGACCUUUUCAUUUAUCCGUUCUUUCAUAGUUUUACCCUCGUAAGUCCAUUUCCUUCCGUUUUAUCGGUUUUGUGUGAAAGUUGUACCCGACUGGCCAGAAUGUGAGAAAAUGAAAAACGGAGAGAGAAAUAGGGGGAGAAGGAUGAUGAAUUGUGUACACAGUCAUCGGAAACCGUGUGUUCUUUGCAGCUCGCCCUGCUGAUCGCCACCAAUGAGGUCCGACGGGCUGGAAUUCAUUCAUCCGGCCCUCUUUUCUGCAUUUGGAUGCUUUUUGCAGUUCUCGCCGGACCAGAGUUCUACCAAUGGAUGACAACGGGAAGCCAGCCAGAAGUUUGUUGAAUUGUUUAUGCAUCUAACCUUGAUUCUAUCAAAGCUAUCAAAUUUCUGUGGCGGCUUUCCCAAUAGUAAACUGACGUGUAUAUUGCAGCUUGUUGCCCGAAUAGACUUCUUCCGGUACGUCGCCUAUCUAACGUACUUCCCGUUGGUUGUCGCCGAAUUCGUACUCCAUUUCGUGUCUGAUCCCUUCCCGAUGCCUAAAUCAUAUCAGGUUUUGAAAUUACCAAUGAUCUUGAAAGAUCAUCAAUGUUCAGAAUUCGAAAUGCCCAGAAGAAAAUGCGAAUUUUAUUAGUCGUCAACUUUUACUGUGGUUUACAAGAAUAAUCGACCUUGGAAGCAAGCGGCCAUUGGAAGUGGAAGAUGUUUUCGAAUUGGACAGCCAAAUGGACCAAGAAUACCUGAAAUCUCUCUGGAAAACUGAGUGGCUUAAGCAGUCAGAAAGUACGCUGACCUACUAAAAUACGAUGAAAUAUAUCUCAAAUAUUUGUAGAAGCCCACGAAAAACAGGUCAAACUCGACGAGAAGCGCCAAAGAUCUAGAACAGGAAGUGAAAAAGCUCCUCUCUUGGGUACUUUCAAUAACUAUGGUGCCGUGAAUCGUGAUGAUACUGGUCAGUGUUGUGAUCGUGAUAUUGUGCCAUUCAUUUUGUUUACUUUCGUUUUUUUGAAGACAGGGAAAUUGCGCUGCCGUCUGUGAUUGUGACCUUGUGGCAAAUUUUGAAAUGGGAGCUGCUCGGAGGAUCGUUCAUCAAGUUCUUAUCAGAUUUGCUCCAGUUUGCCAAUCCGCUGUUUUUGAAGUGAACUGAAAAAUAGAAACGAUAAAAAAUUAAAUAUGAUUUUCAGUUACCUGAUCACUUUCAUCGAAACUCCAGAUGCCCCUCUCAUAAACGGAGUCGCUCUGGCAGUCGGACUCUUUCUGGCUGGCCAGGUAAAGUCUCUGUUCAUGAACAACUAUUUCAUUGUGAUGACAAGACUGGGAGCCAAAAUGCAGACAAUGCUCAGCUGUGCAGUUUAUGAGAAGGCUAUACUGCUGUCUAACACAGCCAGAAGGGAACGGACAGUCGGAGAAAUGGUCAAUAUACUCUCGAUCGACGUGGAUCGCUUCCGCAUGAUUACUCCACAGUUGCAGCAAUAUUGGAGCAGUCCCUUCCAGAUUAUCGUUUGCAUGGUCCUCCUCUGGCAAACUGUCGGGGUGGCUGUUUGGGCUGGAAUUAUUGUUAUGGUGAGCACCUUUGUUCUAACUUUUGUUCCCAAGAUUAUUUUCAGAUCAGUAUUGUUCCAAUUAAUUUGGCAGUCUCAAUCGUUACCAAAAAGUGGCAGACAAAACUGAUGAAUUACAAAGAUGAACGAAUUCGGUUGAUCAAUGAAGUACUGAAUGGAAUCAAAGUGGUAAAGCUAUCCGCUUGGGAGACAGCGAUGGAAGAAUCGAUCGAGAAAGUCAGAGACAAAGAGCUAAAAAUGAUCAAAAGCAGUUCUCUUCUCAAAACAUUUGCGGACUGCUUGAACGUCGGAGCUCCAGUGUUUGUAGCUCUCGCAACUUUUACUGUCUUCGUUCUGAUCGACCCAAAGAACGUGUUGACCCCCAACAUUGCCUUUGUUUCUCUUUCCCUCUUCAAUCUGCUCCGUGGACCACUGAUGAUGGCUGCCGAGUUAGUGGCGCAAACAGUUCAAGUGAUUGUCUCCAACAAAAGAAUAAGAACCUUCCUGUGUGAAAAAGAAGUCGAUGUUGCUGCAAUUGACCGAGAAAUUAGAGGAGAACGUGAGUUUAUUUUGCCUUUUCUCGAAUGUUUGUAUGAUUCAUCUAAUUUUCAGUUUACCAAAACGCCGUCGAGGUUCACUCCGGUUCAUUCUCCUGGGAUACCGCUGAAGCCAGAGUGCUCAGUGAUAUUGAAUUCCUCGUUGGCUCCAAAGAACUGAUUACUGUGGUCGGUUCAGUUGGCAGCGGAAAGUCCAGUCUUCUCCUGGCUGCUCUCGGAGAAAUGGAGAAAAUCUGUGGAUACGUGGGCGUGAGAGGAACCGUGGCCUAUCUAUCUCAACAACCAUGGAUUCUCAACCAGUCCUUGAAAAAGAACAUUUUGAUGCAAGCUGACAUGAAUGACGUAAGAUUUCCGCUCUAGUUACUGCCAAAACUAUAUUUUUAAAGGUUUUGUACAAGAAAAUCAUCGAGGCAUGUGCCCUGACCGACGAUUUAAAGCAGUUGGCAGAUGGAGAUGAGACUGAGAUCGGAGAGAAAGGAAUCAAUCUUUCCGGGGGACAGAAAGCGAGAAUCGCCCUUGCGAGAGCUGUUUAUCAGAGCAAAGAUGUCUAUUUCCUGGAUGAUCCUCUUUCUGCAGUGGAUGCUCAUGUCGGAAAACACAUUUUCGACAACAUCAUCGGACCAAAUGGGCUUUUGUCUCACACUACAAGAAUUCUGGUUACCAAUUGCACGUCAUUCCUUCAAGAAUGUGGCAAGAUUAUUGUCAUGAAAGGUAGUUGCAUUUUUCAACCUUAUUAGCAAAGCCUCAGUAUGCUUAUGAUGUUACAGAUGGUAGAAUCAAGCACUGUGGAACGUAUGAGGAUCUUUUGGCGGAUGAAGAAGCAAGAGAGUAUCUUCAAGAAGUUGACAAGGAGUAUCAAGAAGAAAUGGAAUCUAGUGAAGAGGAAAGGUAUAGUCAUUCAUUUCUGUGUACAUUAUAUCAGAUAUUAAUUGUAGUAGCGACAAUGACAGUGGUGAUGAUUUGCCAGGUUCUAUCGGAAAGUCCAGCAGGCUUUCAAGGCUAUCCAGAAUCUCUAAAUUGUCAAUAAAAAAGGCGAAAUCCAGCAUUGCUGAGGUAAAUUUUUUUCGUUUUCUCUUAAUCCAAACAACACGGAUCUUUUCAGAAAAAGAAACCGGAUGUAUUGAUAACAAAAGAGGAGGCCGCUUCAGGAAGGGUCAAUCCAGGAAUCUAUAUGCUCUACUUCAAGUCCAUGGGCCUCAUCAAAUACGUGCUUCCAUACUUCCUCGCUGUCAUUCUCAACGUUGGUUUUGCUACGGGAAGAAGUCUGUGGCUCUCGAGUUGGUCGGAUGCUAACAUUGACAUAACUCAUCCGGAUACACUGUCAGUUGGAGCCAGAUUGGGAGUGUACGCAGGCCUUGGUAUCACUGAAAGUUAGUUUUCUCAAACUUGACAAAAAAAAACUACACUACAUUUAAAACAAUUUCAGUUGUGUUCCUGUUCUUCUCCUUGUCUCUUCUACUUCUUGGAGGAGUGGCCGCUUCGAGAAACCUUCACAGACCACUUCUGCACAAUGUUCUUCGCAGUCCGCUGUCAUACUUUGACGUGACUCCAAUCGGCAGAAUCAUUAAUCGUUUGGCCAAGGAUAUGGAAGUUGUCGACCUCAGACUCAGCAGUUCAUUCCGUUUUCUGGUCAUCUCGUUCAUGAACAUGAUUCAAGUAAGUACACACUUUGAUUGAGGACUACAUAGAAACAAUGUUUUCCAGACAGUGAUAAUCGUGACCUACUCAACUCCACUCUUCAUCGUGAUCAUCAUCCCAGUCUACAUUAUCUACUACUUUGUGCUCAAGUACUCCAUCAAAAGUACUCGUCAAUUGCAAAGAAUUUCUUCAUUGACACGUUCUCCGAUCUUCUCAAACUUUUCGGAAACUUUGCAAGGAAUCUCCACUGUUCGUGCAUUCCAAUGGAAUGAUGAGUUCAUCAGAAGAAACGAUGUUCAUGUAAGCAAAAAAUUAAUGCGACUGUUUUUCUAUGUACGGAUUUCCAGUUGAACACCCAUGUAAAGUGCAACUACUAUUCUCAAAUGGCGAAUCGCUGGUUAGCUAUCAGGCUCGAGCUUCUCGGAAAUAUUGUUAUCUUCGGUAACUUUCAACUGCCCCAGGAGAAAGUAAUAUGCGAAAAUUUUCAGCUGCUUCUAUUUUGGCUAUCAUGGGUAAAGAGUCCGGGCUCACAGCUGGUAUGCUCGGUCUUUCUGUGUCAUACAGUUUGAACGUAAGUUCCCAUUUUCAGUAUCCUCUCAAUAAUAGCUAUUCAGAUCACUUUUAUGCUGAACAUGUUCGUGAGAACAGUCAACGAUGUUGAGACCAAUGUGGUGUCCGUUGAGAGAAUCGACGAAUACACUAAAACUAAGAAUGAGGUUAAUCACAUUGUGAUAGUUCGCGUAAAAGGAUCUCAUUACAGGCAGAAUGGCGAUCGGAAAAUCAAAACCUCCCACGUGGCUGGCCGACUGGCGGAGCUGUAAACAUCGAGGAGUACUCUUGCAGAUAUCGUGAUGAAUUGGAUUUGGUGCUUAAAAAGAUCAGCAUCAACAUCUUGCCAGGACAAAAAGUCGGUGUUUGCGGAAGAACAGGAGCUGGUGAACUUAUGAGCAAAUGGAAAUGACUCAAAACAAAGUUGUUUUUCAGGAAAGUCUUCUCUUGCACUUGCACUUUUCCGAAUUGUGGAAGCUGCUGAGGGAGACAUUGAGAUUGAUCGAACUGUCACUUCAAGUAUCGGACUCCACGAUCUCAGAGAAAAAUUGACGAUUAUCCCACAAGAAAAUGUACUUUUUGCAAAUACACUCAGGUUUGUGACUUUGCAUGUAAAACCAACCUAGAAAUACAAAAUUCAGAUUUAAUAUUGACCCGAAAGGAGAGUUUACUGAUCAGCAGCUGUGGGCAGCAUUGGAGAACUCGAACCUGAAGUCACACGUCGAACUUCUGCCACAGAAACUUGAGAGUACUGUCGCGGAAGGAGGAGAGAAUUUCAGGUAACACUUGUUCCCGUAUUCAAUCGGCCAAUAAUUUCUGUUUUUAGUGUUGGCCAGAGGCAACUACUUUGUCUGACCAGAGCUCUGCUCCGCAAAUCAAAAGUUCUGGUUUUGGAUGAAGCGACGGCUGGAAUUGACAACCGAACCGAUGCGAUGGUGCAAGCAACGAUUCGCGAGAAGUUCGCAGACUCUACAAUCAUCACGAUCGCUCACAGAUUGCACACAAUCAUGGAUUACGAUAGAAUCAUUGUGAUGGAAGCGGGACGAAUUGUGGAAGAUGGCAUCCCUGGAGAGCUGCUCAAAAACAAAAACUCAAAAUUCUACGGUCUCGCCAAAUCUGCCAAGAUUGUCGGCUAA